UGUGGGCGCGGCCUGGAGCUGUAGUUGUAGCGCUAGCUAGGCUAAAGAAGUAGAAGUACUUAAGCAGAAAAACACAGAGCAGAACACUUUGAAUGCCAAAAUGGGAGCUUGUCUUGCCUUAUGCUCUUUAGCUAGCUGCGCCUCCUGUCUGUGUGGCUCAGCUCCAUGCCUUUUGUGCGGCUGCUGUCCUUCCUCCAACAGCUCCACCAUCACGCGGCUGGUUUUUUCUUUCUUUCUGCUUCUGGGAACCUUGGUGUCUGUCAUCAUGAUCCUUCCUGGAAUGGAAGCACAGCUCCGUAAAAUUCCAGGAUUUUGCAAGGGAGGAUCCUUCUUCAUACCUGGUGUUGAAAACCAGGUUAACUGUGAUGUGAUUGUGGGCUACAAAUCUGUGUAUUGCAUGUGCUUCGCCAUGACCUGCUUUUUCUUUCUCUUUUCUGCAAUAAUGAUUGGCGUUCGUAACAGCAAAGACCCGCGUGCAGCUGUUCAGAAUGGGUUCUGGUUCUUUAAAUUCCUGAUCCUGGUUGGGAUUACAGUGGGAGCUUUUUUCAUCCCUGAUGGAACAUUUCACACUGUGUGGUUUUACUUUGGAGCUGUUGGGUCCUUCAUCUUUAUUUUGAUUCAGCUCAUCCUCCUCAUUGACUUUGCUCACUCCUGGAACAAGACUUGGGUAGAAAAUGCAGAAGAAACUGACAACAAAUGCUGGUUUGCAGGGCUGCUGUCGUUCACUGGGCUCCACUAUGCACUGGCUUUGGUCGCUGUGGUGCUCUUCUACAUGCACUACACUCAGCCGGAUGGCUGCACGGAGCAUAAGGUCUUCAUCAGCCUCAACCUAAUCUUCUGCGUCAUCAUCUCUGUUGUCUCUAUUUUACCCAAAAUUCAGGAAGUUCAGCCACACUCAGGUCUGCUCCAGGCUUCACUCAUCUCCCUCUACACCAUGUAUGUCACCUGGUCUGCAAUGACCAACAAUCCGAAUCGCAGGUGUAAUCCCAGUUUGCUGAGCCUUGUCUCAAAUGUCAGCACCAGCAAUCAGGCGGGUCAGGAAGGCCCGGGACAGGUGCAGUGGUGGGACGCUCAGGGGAUUGUGGGUUUGAUCAUCUUCCUCUUCUGCACUCUUUAUGCCAGCAUUCGUUCAUCCAGCAACACCCAGGUAAACAAGCUGAUGCAGACGGAGGGGGGCACGGGGGCGGCUGUGGAAGAUAACGUGGGAGAAGACGGCGUGCGGAGAUCAGUCGACAAUGAGGAGGAGGGAGUCACUUACAGCUACUCUUUCUUCCACUUCCAUCUGUCUCUGGCCUCCUUGUACAUCAUGAUGACUCUCACCAACUGGUACCAACCAGACACAACCACAAACGCCAUGCAGAGCAGCAUGCCAGCUGUGUGGGUCAAGAUGAGCUCCAGCUGGCUGGGCCUGGGUCUCUACCUCUGGACUCUCAUCGCUCCCCUCAUCUUCCGUGACCGGGACUUUAGCUGAGCGCUCCAUGUCUUCCCUCUCUGACUCUCCAACCUUAUCCUAGCAUUCUCCUUGCCCUUGUUUGUUUCACUACCUGGAGAAAAUGCAAAGGGAUCUAGACAAGAAAAAUCAAGAUUUCUCUCUAUUAAUCACCUUUCUAGUUUAUUGUUUGUAGUUAUUGAAUUAAAAUCAAUGAGUUUUCUAAAGGGAUUGAAGUAAGUUGAAUCAAUAAGCUGAUCAUUUUCAUUUGUGUGGUAGUGAAGUUUUUUUGAAUUCUUUCUCACAUCUUCUGUGUUUAUGUUCCAUGAACUGAAUCUGUUUGUGCUGCACUCAAAGUUACUGGACGAAGCAAAAAAUGAGUUUCAUAAUACCUCAGAUGUUUAAUUCCAGGUUCCACUUUGAGGACCUUUAUGAUGAGAUCACGGAUUGGCCAGAUCUGACAUUUUCCUAACUGGGGGGGGGGGGGGGGGGGGGGUGUUUGGGGGGGAGUCCUGCUCAGAAGCCCCACGGUGAGCUGAGUGUGGAAGUCAGAUAAGACCAAGAGGGCACGCCCUGUAGAGCAUGAGAGGGCUUCACUGCUGCUGCAAGGACCCAUGCAGGAUGAAGUCACUGCCCCUCCAGCCAGAGUCUCAUCUCAGCUCUUCCUUAUUCCUUUUAAUUGGAGACUUGAUAUCCGGUGCUUUGCUUUUGUGAAUCUGGCUGCAUUUUGGAUCAGCUAACCAGAAACGACAGUCUUUACCGUGUUAGUUGCAGCAUCAGUUCUUUCAAAAGAAUGUAAGAGUUGUGAUGGUACGUUUAUCAAUGCGUCAUUGUCUCAAACAAGUGAAGUACACUGUUUAACCCUGAAGUCCUUAUAUGUUAUUAUUUUUUCAACAGACAUCUCCUAAAAACCAGACAUCCCUUUGCUAUGGUUACAUAUGAAUGGAGGUUAUUGUAAAUGUCUUGUAGUAAAGUGCUACACAUUUGGUUCUUGUGGGUAGUAUUUAUGCUGAAAGGAUGUUGUUGAUGACAUUUCAUUUGAUUAAUAAGUGCCUUUUUGAGGGCCUGCAUUUCAGAACGAUGAUUUCACAAAUGCUGGCGUGUUUACAGGCUUUUCCUGACAUUCUCAGCUGUUUACAUGUUGCAAUUAAUCUAUGAAGACUUAUUAAAGGAAGAAAUGGCGUGUCUGGACGCUUCGUCCCCCGUGGAGGAGCUGUUGGCUGCAUCACAGGAGGUUCUGUACUCGGUGCUGCAUCAUGUGAGCAUCAAAAACAUUCUGUUUGCUAUUUCAAAAGCACAUAUUAUCUUAUGCUGCACAACAGUGUUUUGGAAUAGAUUAACAGAAGGAAAAAGUAAAAGACUGAUGGCUAACCAAAGUGGACUGAUUGUAUUUAGCAGAAUGGCAAAUUGAACUUUUAUGUUAAUUUUUUUCUUUGAGUAAACUUGCUUCAGCAGAGGAUCCUGUGGUACAAAGGGUGUGACACAGGAUCAAAGGUUGUUACAAAGGGUGUUUUAUUUUUAACAAUGUGUGUGUGUGUGUGUGUCUUUGUUCAAAGCUUCUUUUUAAAAAUGUACUUGUGAAAAAAAAUAAAAAUGUCUCUUUAUAUUUCAACAUUUAUUCAUGAAAAUAUAUAAAUCAGUAGUUCAUAAUAUCCAAAUCUUUUUGGUAACCAUAUUCAGUUGAUCAGUUGUUCAGAUGGUAACUGAUGGUCCACAUGGUGGUGGCUGCUGAUCUGCCUGGACUUUUACACCAUUGACGUCUUCACUGUACAUGAAGAUGUCCAAAAAUACUUUUAUUGUUUAAUAUUUUUUGUCCUUUAAGGGCUUUAUGUGUAAACUUCCAUAUAUUAGUUUAUGGCUACUAAUAAACCAUGGUUUUCUCAAAUGUGUUUAUGGUUAUGCUGACAUGCAGACAUGUGUUUUCAUAUUGGAGCAUUUAACCAAUCACAUUUCAGCUGUCCCUUGUUGCCAGGCAGGGUCAGAGCUAAAGAAGCCUUCACUAUCCGUUCUGCAGGCCCCCUAAUGCAAAAUCAUUGUCGAUCAUUCAUUUCUUUCAACCAAUCAGAUUUUGAGUUGGUGUCAGCAGGGCCUUCUAGCAGGCUUAGGCAACAUCACAGUAUUCAGACCUUCUGAUUGGACAGAAGUUUCAGAAAUCCAGGAAACAUUUCCCACAUGCAGCCUUGCCCAGUUUUGAUCUGUCUCAGUGAAUGAUUCAGCAGGAAAAGCUCCCACUGAUCUCCAUGACUUCCUGCAUCAGAAAAGUAUGAGUGACAGCAUGAAGCAGCCGUCCCCGUGUCCACUGCGUCUGUCCAGUGGACAUUUUGGGCUCUAAAGCGGAUUCAAACCUACAUAGAAAGACGACUGGACAGACUCUGCUCUCAGCACUGGCUUUGAUGGAGUAGAAAACACUUGAUGGAACUGAUUCCUGCAUUCCUCAAGCUAUUGUUCCUCUGUACAUUUUUGUCCGCUCGUAUCUUGUGCAUACUUCACCCGGAUUCUGCCAUUCAAGUAUCAAGAUGUUCUGCAAGUUAAGGACAUGAUUGCUGUCUUCUGCAACUUAUGGUUCUUCUGUAAUUCAGAGAUGAAAUUGUACCCCAAAACCUUGUAAUUCCUACAUCUGUAAUAAGUGAUGUGAAGAUUUGUUUGGAUGUAGUUGUGAGAUAAGCUGCACCAUAGAAAUAGAUGGGUUUCUUAGCUCAGCAGAAGAUAAACUGUUUUCUGACAUUUGAUUAAAUUCACAUACAGACUUUAAA